AGUAAACACUGGAGCCCACGAUGGAAACGAUGAUGUUGAGCAUGGAGGUGCAGGUGGACGUGAGCUGCUGUAAAUCAGUAGGAACUGAUCUGUCCAUGCUGGAUAUUGAGGAUUUCAUCAGUCAAAUCUGUCAGCUGAAGAAAGAGGUGGCGUCGCUGGAGGCCAAGCUGAGAGAAAGAGGAGAGAAACUCCAGCCAGAGCGGCAGGAUUCGCUGUGCGGCGUCAGAGCUCAGAGAUCCAGAGACACGCAGAACUCAGAGCUCAGCCUGACUUUACUCUGUUAUACUGACGCUCAGGAUCAUCAGAGCUCUGAGCCAGACGCUGGAGAACAGCAGACCACACUGAAGAUGUGCUCUGUCAGACUGGAGGACUGCAGGAAGCUGAUCCAGAGAACUGAAAACACCACAGAAGAAGAUCAGAGAGACCAGGAGGAGGAGGAGGAGGAGGAUGAUGAUGAUGAUGAUGGUGGUGAUGAUGAUGAAAAUGGAAAGGAUGAUAAGGAAAAUGAUGAUGAUGAUGAUGAAUUUAUUCCUGCAGAUGACAACAUUGGAUCGUCUGAUAAAGAAUUGCCUUUAUCUUUAAAAGGUAAGCGGAAGACCAAGAAGAGUUUCUCCUGCACCUCCUGUGGAAAAACAUACACCUGUCAAAGUUAUUUCUUGAUUCAUGUAAAAAAACACUCAGACCCGAAGGUCUUCACCUGCUGGAGAUGUCGUAAGUGCUUUCCAACAUUACAGGAGAGAAAACUUCACCUGAAAGAGCAUCUGGCAGAAAAGGAGUUCCACUGUGAACAGUGCGGGAAGAACUUUUCAUUGUCUAAAGAACUAAAAGUUCACAUGAAGAGACACAGCGGUGAACUGCGUGUGCAGUGUGACGUAUGCAACAAAUCAUUCAGCACCAAAGCAAACCUGGAGGUUCAUAAGAGAAUCCACACGGGCGAGCGGCCGUAUAAAUGCCCUCACUGCAAGAAGAGUUUUAAUUACAAAUCCUACAUGAAGAACCACAUCCGCAUUCACACCAACGAGAGGCCGUACCAGUGCAGCGAGUGCGGAAAAACCUUCACAACAAACAACUCUCUAAACUCUCAUCUAAAAUUCCACUCUGAGGAAAAACCGCAUCAGUGCAAAUACUGCGACAAGCGAUUCCGCACGAAAGCAAGUCUGAAUGUCCAUGAGAGAACUCACACCGGAGAGAAGCCGUACCUGUGCGCCGAAUGCGGGAAGAGGGUUAAAACUUGUACUGCGCUGGUUUAUCACCAGCGAACCCACACUGGAGAAAAACCGUGCCUGUGCAACAUCUGUGGGCGGAGUUUCAGUAAACCAGCCAUCUUAGUAAACCACAUGAGGACUCACACUGGAGAAAGACCCUAUAAGUGUUCAUACUGCGACAAGACGUUUGCACGAUCUGGCGUGCUGAAGACCCACGAGAGGGUUCAUACCGGAGAGAAACCGUACCGCUGCUCCAUCUGCGAAGAGAGGUUUGCAUAUUUAGGAAGUUUUCUGAGCCACCAGAAGAAACAUGGAGCAGAACUAGUGGAUGCGCAGAUCAGCGCAUGAUGGAGAAUUGACGACUGAGUGUUUCUGACAGCGUUUCUCAAUCCUAGUCCUCAAUCUCCACUGCUCUGCGUAUUUUGAUAUUUGGAAAAGAAGUUAAAAUUGUGCACUGCUAGCUAUUGACUUCCAUAGUACGUUGUCAUCAAAACAGUGCUGAUGUGAAAGAUGCUGCAAAACACAUGAGCGUAAUGGUCAUGUCCAUUAACUGCGUGUCUACCUAGAGAAACAAUGAAAAAGUAGCUCACUAGAAUGGACAAACCUGUUCUUUGCGAUAUUAUAUUACCAUAUUAAAAUACACCUUUAAAAAUGUA